AUGUGGUCUAAGCUGCUUAUAACUCUGCUUCUUGUGCAUUAUUUGAGUGCCACUUGCGAUGUGUGCCAAUCUGGAAAGGCAGCCUGUCAUACCGAAAACACAUAUUCGAUAUGCAUUGGCGGGGUACCAACCAGGAGCGAUAUAACCUGUCCAGUUGGCUACACUUGCACGGGGGAAAAGUUUAUUUGUUAUCUAAAAGCUGAUGGCUACAAACCCAUCUGUGAAUCCGGAAGUACACCCCCAACGGAUUCAAGAAAAACAACUGAGAGCAAAAGUACGGAAAACACAACUACGGAAAGUACAACUACAGAAAACACAACUACAGAAAGUACAACUACGGAAAUCACAACCACAGAAAAUGCAACCAGAGAAAGCAUGACAACAGAAAGCACG